CUUUUUCUCAAUGUGAGAAUCAUUUCACCUCGGAACAUGACUUUAAACUGGACAUUUCUUUUCUUCUUCAACAUAAUACGAUUACCAGGUUCAAUUCAAAUGAAUAUCAUCAGUCAGCCGAACUCAGUCAUCAAUGCCGCUUCUGGUGAGAACGUGACUCUACACUGCUUUCAAGUGGAUGAAGGAGGCACUGAUCCCAUCCUUUGGUACAAACAAGCAGCAGGACACGAGCCUUGCCUGAUAGUCACAGUUCAUAAAUUUGCUUCAGAUCCAGUUUUUGAAGAUAAUUUCAAGUCACCCAGGAUUACCAUCAAGAAUAUAGAAAAAAGCUGCCAUUUAAAAAUUACGACCGUAGAGCCGUCAGAUGAAGCCAUGUAUUACUGUGGAUUAAAAAGGUUUGCAAUAAGGUUUGGAAAGGGAACUUAUUUAUCAGUAAGAGGUAAACCAGAUUUAGGGGUAUCAGUGUUCCAGAGCAGUGUAUCAGACUCGGUUCCUGCAGGAGCAUCAGUGACUCUGCAGUGUUCGGUUCUCUCUGAGAGCAGAGCAGCAGAACUCCAAGUGCUCUGGUUCAGAGCUGCUCCAUCACAAUCCCAUCCUCAAAUCAUUUACACUCAUCACAACAGCAGCCUUCAGUGUGAGAGCGAAUCUUCUACACACACCUGUGUGUACAACUUGUCCAAGAACAUCUUCAGCCUCAAUGAUACUGGAACUUACUACUGCGCUGUGGCCCUGUGUGGGAAGAUCAUUUUCGGGAACGGGACACGAGUACAGCUGGAAAAAUCAGUGGAUCCUGUAGUGAUCUUCCUCUCUUUAGCUUUGGGAGUGUGUGUGCUUAUUAUCUUUACUCACAUCAUAACCUGUAAAUGGAGGAACUGUGAAUGUGGCAGUGUAAGAUUCCAUCCUGAUUCUCCCAAUAAGGGUCGUUCUACUACCGAUCUCUAUUUCUUACUGCCGAAGAAAAACACAUCUCAGGACAGUGUGUAUUCUGAAGUGGUUUACUCCUCUUUUAAGUAGGAGAUAAUACUAAUGAUUUAUAUUAACUGUGAUAUAUUAGGCAUGCACUCACAAUCUUACACUGUUUCUUAAAUGCAUUCCUUUUUUGUAGCUGUGUGUAAAAUAAUUCAGUGGUUUGAUGCCAAAUAGAGGAAGCACAUUCCCCAAAAAAGUGAAUUAUUAUAUUAUAAAGAUUGUAACAAUCUU